AAGCAGCGCGAGCGGGCGAGCCGAGAGAGCUCGCGAUCGCCCGCCAGGCCGCCAUGGACCCCUGCGCGUUCGUGCGCCUCACCGUGGACCAGCUCCUCCUCAAGCUCCCCGCCGUGCCGCGCCCCAGCUCCGGCGCCGGGGUGCACCCCUCCACCUCCCCCUGCUUCUGCACGCUCAGCCUGCAGGACCACCCGGCCUCGCCCCCCCGCACCGCGCUGCUGCCGCUCGCCGGCGCCUCGGGCGCCGCCGCGGCGCACGCCGACCCCGUCGUGCUCAGCCUCGACGCCGACGCCGUGCGGAGGCUCUCCGCGCGCCCCGCCGAGCUCGUCGUGUCCGUGCACGCGGGCCAGACGGGGACCACCUGCGGCGUGAGCGCGGCCCGCGCGCUGGGCCGGGUGCGGGUGCCCGUCGACGUGGCGCGCGCCGCGGCCGGGGAGACCGUCGUCGCCCGCGACGGCUGGGUCGACGUGGGGAAGCCGGGGUCCGCGCCGGCGCCGUCCUCCGCGCGCGCGCAGAUCCACAUGGUCGUGCGGGCCGAGCCCGACCCGCGCUACGUCUUCCAGUUCGGCGGCGAGCCGGAGUGCGGGCCCGUCGUGUACCAGGUGCCCGGGGGAGCCGGCGGCGGCGGCCAGCGGCAGCCGGUCUUCACCUGCCGGUUCAGCGCCGGACGGAGGGCAUCCAGGAGCAGAUCGCUGACGCCGCAGUCGUCCAUGACCCGGAGCGCCAGCCGGAGGCUGCGGUCCUGGCUCAGCAGCACCCUCCACGGCGACGGCCGCCGCGACGGCUCGCGCGAGCAGCGCAAGGGGUGGACGGUGACCAUCCACGACCUGUCGGGCUCCCCCGUGGCGGCGGCGUCCAUGGUGACGCCGUUCGUGCCGUCCCCGGGCUCCGGCCGCGUCUCCCGCGCCAACCCGGGCUCCUGGCUCAUCCUCCAGGCCACGGGCGCCGGGCCGUCCAGCUGGAAGCCCUGGGCGCGCCUCGAGGCGUGGCGCGAGCGCGGCCCCGUCGACGCGCUCGGCUACCGGCUCGAGCUGGUCUUCGACUCGGGGCCCCACGAGUGCGCCGUCCCCAUCGCCGAGUCGUCCAUCAGCACCAGGCGCGGCGGGCAGUUCGUGAUCGACCCGGCCACGUUCCCGGAGGCCGCCGCCGGCGCCGCGUGGCCGUUCGCCGGCGGCUUCGUCAUGGGAUCCACGGUGGAGGGCGAGGGGCGCGCGAGCCGGCCCACCGUGCAGGUCGGCGUGCAGCACGUGACGUGCAUGGGCGACGUCGCGUUGUUCGUGGCGCUAUCCGCGGCCGUCGAUCUCUGCAUGGACGCCUGCAAGCUCUUCUCGCAGCGGCUCAGGAAGGAGCUGUGCCAGGACCAGGACGAGUGAGAAGCCAAAGAGACCGAGGACCCGACCGGACCCGAGGGGUGUGUAUUAGUAGUGCUCUUGGGUCUGGCUUUUGUGCUGUGGAUUGAUUGUACGGUGCGUGUGGUUAAGGUAGUCCAUUAGCUAUUUUGUCUUGUGGAGCUGAAGGCCCUGUGGCUGUUUUUAGUGUAGGCUGGGUCGGAUCACAAGAACAGAACGGGGUGUGUUCAUUCCCUUUAUUCUUUCAUUACAGCAUUCAAUUCUUUCCAUUCUUUCUACA